AUGACCAGGAAGAGACUCUGCUUUUUUCUGCUUCUACCCCUGAUCUUUUCACACUGUAAAGCUAAAGAAACGCUUUACAUCGGUGGACUGUUUGGUAUCGACACAAGUGGCGGUGGAUGGAACUCGGCAGGAACAAUUCCCGCCAUUCAGAUGGCUAUCGAUGAAAUAAACAACAACACAGAGAUUCUUAAGGAUUAUCACCUGCAACUUUUAAUAAAGGAUUCUAAGGUUUGUUAACUAUUAAGAGAACGACAUCUAUUUUACACAAACCAUAGGGAGCUUUUUAAUUCAGAUCCUCCGUUAAUAAUGACAGUUUUUUCUGGAUGAGCCUUUUACACUGUGAAUCCUUAAAACAGUUCAGAAAUGAUUACAAUAAUUUGAUGCAGUAGAACAACUUUUAAAUUUUACACAUUUAGAGAUUUUUCUGACACCCAAGGAAACAGCUCACGUAUUUAUCCUUUGUCAGAAAGCCCACACAAGUCUUGUUAGCACAGCUUGGACUAAAAUAUUAUCUGAUAUUUGUGUUGUAACCAAUGAGGCAUCAACGAACAUUCCUACGCGCCAAAUUCAUUCUUGUUCAUAAUUUUAAUCGGCGGAGCGACACAAAAGUGAAUAUUUUAGCGAUAACUUCGAGAAAUUCAAUUUUCGUCCAGGAAAGUUCCUUUCUUCCGUUUGAGGUAUGCAAGCAAUUUGAAAGAUCAUUAAAUCAACGAGUUUUUUAAACUCGUUGAUUAACAGGUAUACUAGAUGAUCAUAAAAUGACACUUUUGAUUCCGAUAAUCGACGUAGGCGCAGACUAGAUAAAUUUCAGCUUUGAUUUGGACUUUUCGUUUUUUUAAACACUCAGUGCAAUGUUGGCGAGGCUGUCCGCGGAACUUUGGAGUACAUAUCAUCCGGAAAACCCAAAAUCAUGUUUCUAGGCCCCGGAUGCUCUAAAGCCACAAUGCCAGUGGCGGAAGCAAUUCAUUACUGGAACAUUGUGCAAGUAAGUUCUCUUAUGAAAUUUUUAAUGAAGCUGGGGAAAAGUGAAGAUCAUGGAAAAGGAGAUUACGACAUCUCGUUACCGGAACAAUACGGCAUGCUUUGUAACUGGUUUUCAUUAAAAUAACAGCUUUCUUACGAACAUUUGUACACCUUGCAAUUAGAGAUAAAUGAGCUCAACCCUGUUUAGAUCCCUUCUUGGAAUAAAGGUGUUUUCCUCGGAACUUUUUUUCAAAUGAAAGUAAAUAGAGAGAUAGUAAAAAAAAAUGAAGAAGGUUUUUUUUCCAAAAUAACAACAAAGGCAUUACUCAAAUUUUAUUCUCCUUAGAUUGGCUUCUCAAAUUCUUCUCCAUUGCUAUCGUCCAAAGCCGUUUUUCCCCUCUACUUUCGAACCAACCCUUCGGAGAGAUUCACCAAUCUGGGACGUAUUGCGAUUCUUAGACGAUUCAACUGGAAGAAAGUUGCCAUUAUGCAACAAAACAACGACGUUUUCACAGGAAUCAGCAACUCUCUUGUUGAUUUACUGAGUGCUGCCAAUAUAACCGUGCUUGCCUACGAGAGUUUCAAAGAUCAUCCGAGGUUUGCCUUAGAGAACCUGAAGGUAAACUAUCUAAGUUUCAUUCUGUUUUCACUUUUCACUUCACGCUAAGUGAUUAAGAAAUGAACCCCUUAUUUUCCAUGGUCACUUUGGAAUGUCGAUUUAUUGACGACAGUAUUGAUCAGAAGGAAGAAGACAACGCAAUUUAUUCCAAUAAUCCUGGUAACUAUGUAAGUGAGGUUAAAAUUUUUUUUCCAGUUUCAAGUCUUCAGUGGUUAUGGCAUAAACUUAACACAAAUUGUAUUUUGAAUCCCUCAGAGGAAAGAUGCCCGUAUCAUCUUUGCAUUUUUCUAUCCAGAUGAACAUUAUAUCACCUUUUGUGAGGUAAGGGCGUGAAGAAAGAAAAUUUCAUCUCCGAUGAAUUACUCAUUUUUCCAGAGUGAGAAACGAUCGCUACUUCCCGCUUCUGAAUGGAAAAUGGAAUUGAACCCAUACUUUCAUUAAUGAUGUAACCAGAAGAGAGACAUACCAUGAUGAAAGAAAAGAGGUUAUAAACUGAGAGUAGUUAUCCCCGUGACCCGUAAUAAUUUUUUAAAGUCUAUUUUAAAUUUCCCGCCACGCCGGGAGUUACCCCUAUAAAUACUUCCCAUGAUAACGCGUUUACUAUCUCAACAUCAUCUAUCGUUGUGGUUUCCGAUAUUAAAGUUUUAAACAAGUUUUUAAAAACUGUAACCGCUCAUCAUCGAAACAAAUCUAUAAAUGUUUGCCUCACCGUUUGAAUACUUACUUUUAUUGAUUUAGGCGCACUGAUGUAAGAAAAAAAAAAUCGUGCCUUACUGUAGUUUUGCCUUGCUUAACGUCUACUAUUGUAGUGAUGUUUUUUACUUUCUCGCAAACGGCAGGAGCUCAUGUAAACAAUUCUCCACCAAUUCAUAAAAGUGAUAAGUCAUAAAGCUAGCCGAAUUUAGCGAGAAACUAGUCACAUUGUCACAUAGAAACAAAUUCAGGUAAGAAAUCAGUGUUUCGGCAGCGAGAUCGAACCGGUCCUCUUUCUGUACUUUAAGUUUUGGUUUACUGUGAUUUGCCAAGCGAAACGACAGGAAACGAAAUGAAAAUCUGUAAUUUGGGAAAUAUAAAUCUGUAAAAUUUGCGAAACAGAAAUCUGUUAAUGAUUUGCGAAAUAAAAUCUGUAAUUUGCGACAUCAUGAGCCGGAAACCUGUCAAUUAUUUGCAAAAUAGAAUCUGUAAUUUGCGAAAAAGAAAUCUAUUAAUGAUCUGCAAAGUAGAAAUCUGUAAUUUUCCAAAAAGAAAUCUGUUCAUGAUUUGCGGAACCGGGCGGAAAGCCCCUCAGGCCAAAAGAACGAGUCGGUCAGUUCACAACAAGUGUGGGUUGCAUACGCAACCUAUAAAAUAAUUACUAAAACAACGAGUGAGAAAUGAAAAAAUUUAAUCUAUUUCGCAAAUUACAGAUUUUCAUUUCGUUUCGUUUCGCAAAUUUUAGUAAGCCUUUUUAACUGUAAAGCGCCGGAAAACGCUAUUGCCAUAUAAAUGGAUGUUUGAAAUUGAUUCAAAUUGAUUCCUCUCAAAAUAUUUCUACGUUUUAUUACCCAUUUAAAGAGUAAGCUUGAUAUAUUUGUCGGAUACAGUUGUGUGAAUCGAGAAGGAAUCGCGCUUAACAGUUGCUCAGACUAAUCACUCACCAUCCGUUAUUCAUCACCGUCGGUUAGUUUUUAUUCAUUUUUUAACUUUCUCUCAAACCAUUGGGCUCUUGUAAACAGUCAUUUGCUGUAUGUUUUAUUUUCUACCAAAUUGUAAGAUUCUGUUUCUUGGUCGAGGGUCGAGGAAAAAAGUCUCAUAGCUAAUCAAGCAUAGAGGUCAGCGAUUAACGGCAUUGAUUAAAAAUAAAAAAAUGAUUAAGAAAUCAUUAAGAUCGAGCCGGUUCGCUUUCUUUCUUCUAGAAAAUGUGUAUGUCGCGCCAUUGCCGCUUAAUCGAUAACCCUUGAGGAAAUUUACCUGAAUCAAUCAUUGUCAGAUAUUCAGAUCGUCCAAUCAAACUUUCUGAUGAAACAUCUUCCACGCACCCUUGCAUGUGGAGUACAAGGGGAAAAAAGCUGAGGCUUUGCGGGUAACGCUCAGAGGUUAUGUUUUUAUCAUUUUGAUCCAAUAAUGUCACCAUAUCAUCUAAAUGAACACCACAAACCACAAAGCGGUGGUCGCCAAACAGAACACAUUAAAUUUCACCACAGAAGCACUCACCAAUCAGUUAAUGCUCUCAAAAUAUUGCAUCGCAGGAACGCGCACUUAAAGUAGAUUUUGAAAAAUCAUCAUUGUAAUAGGGGUAUGUAUGGGGGAUAAGUUCUCUCAGUUCAUAAUCUUUUGUGAACGACUGAUUAUGAACGACUGAAAAAAAAUUUCGGAAAGUAUUUUCAAACCUAAACAAACUGGAGUAGAACAAUAUUAUGGUCCAUUUGCAAGAUUAUAAACAUAUCCAUACAUUAACACUGAAACCCAAAAUACGACUAUUAUAACGAAACUACAUUACACUGGUCAAGAAUUGAUAACCGUUUCACGUGUAAAUCAGUUAUUUUUUGUGUUUGAAUUACAACAUACAGGCCUUCAAGAAAGGUAUGUAUGGACCGAAAUAUGUGUGGAUUUUGAACUCUGCUCGAAUUCAGGACAAUUGGUGGAAAGUGCAGAGUCCUCUCGUGGAUUGUACUCCGGAGGAAGUGCGGAAAGGCCUGAGUAACAACAUCGGAACCGGAGAAUUGAAACUCAGUCCUCUCUCGGGACCAACUAAAUUUGGAAAGGUAUGUAACAUAACCCUAAGUCAAACUGUCGUGUCUCCUCUUUUUACACGAGGAGAGGCUUAGUAGAGUGUUGGAAACUCUAUGAUAUGUUAAUUCGUCUUAUUUUGGUCGAUAUUUUGUAAGUGAUUCGUUUGUCUAUUAUAUAACUAAACAUGUACGCGGCAGGUGUCUUUUUCUCCCUUAUGUGGCCUUGUUCCCCAUGCUUGCUACCCCACGUUUUUCGUGUUCUUUUCGAAUAAGCUAGGAGCUACAUAUGUGAGAGGGAGUUAAUCGAAGCGUUGUCAUAGAAUCGUUAAAUCAAGUGAUUAAACCGUGAUUUAAUAAGGAAGCGUGGAACAGCUUUUCCACGUUUUCAAAAACAGGCGAUUAUUUCACGAUUGUGAAAAUAUAUACUUUGAAUAGUUGACAAUAAACCUCGAUUUAUUGAAAUUAAUGAAUGAGAAUAACGAAAACUUAAAUUUCUUUCAUUGACCAUCCCGGGCUGACAUAACAAAAAGCCUCGAUAAGUACGUAUAGAAAAACAAAAUUAACAAUACAACUUUCACCGACUAAGCAUAGACACACUUUUAACACAUAAUUAAAUAAAAAUACAAGGAAAGGUCAUAUACUAACACAGAUCAACUAGCUAUCUCCUCUACAAUAAUUUGCAUUGUCAUCUUUCUCAGACGCCCCAAGAACUCUAUGCUGAAUAUCUAGAACGCCUCAACAACUCGGGAUAUUCCGAAAAUACGUUUGCUUCUUAUGGAUACGACGCGGCCUGGACAUGUGCACUGACUCUCAACGCAUCAAUUGAUGUCUUGGGAAAACAGAACUUCAAACUGAAUGAAUUCAACUAUAGCCAUCCUAACAUGAGCAAAGUCUUUGUCGACAUAAUGAAGAGGAUUUCAUUCGCUGGAAUGUCAGUAAGUUGCAUUCAAUCGCGAUUGCUGUGUUAGUAAUCUGUGGUUGCUGUUUGAAAGGCAAAUCCAUUCUCUAGAUUAUCGAAUUUCAAGUCUUCAAUCCAUUUGUAGGGCCAGGUGAAGUUCGACAGUAAUUAUGACCGUAUAACAAAACUUGAGGUCCAACAAAUACAAGGCAAGUACUGACCGUGUGUGACAAAUUGUUGUCGCCUUUCUCGAAUCAGACCCUGCCAGAGGUCUUUGGUAUACCUUCAAACCCAAUCUUUUAAAAGCUUUGUUUGUCUCGUCGUGUAGGAAACACCCAACGAAGAGUUGCAUUCUACGACAUGGAAAAUGACACUUACGAAGAGGAUAGCAAUAGUGUUUACUCAUGGGAUGGUAAUAUGCAUGUUAUACAUAUAUAAUCUAAUUUUGUUAUAUUUAAAAUAAUUUUCUUCUUGAGAAUCUCUUUUUUUUUAACUUGAAACCGUAACUAGUUUUUCAAGGAGAAGAAUGAAAUUGAAAGUGUCAUUCUACAGAGAAAAAUAACUUUUAUAUUACUGAUCUUUUAUCUUAGCGAGAGAAGAUAAUUGCAACACUACGAUCACACGAUCGCAUGUGUUAUUAUCUAGUUUGAUAGAUGGAUAUAUAAAAACCUUACCUUCCGAUUCAGAUAUGCUGUGCACCUCUUCUUCAUCAGAGUGAAAUUUUUGUUUUUGCUUGUUAAGGUGGUAAAGUCCCCGUCGAUGGUCUAAGAAUAGAAGAAAAGCUGGAAGGAGUCGAUCCAGGGGUCUUGUGGUUUGUCAUUGCUGUAUCAAUCCUCGGAGUUCUGAUGGCCAUCGGAUUCCUCAUAUUCAAUGUAUACAACCAAAAGAUCAGGUAUCUGUUUUACAGUUUUUUUUUCGAUUUUUUUCCUUUUUAGAUGAGGAUAUUUAGAUAUUUGCAGAAGCAAGCUUUAUCAGGCGGUCCUGUUCGAUGCAUUAUUCUGGAAGAUAGAUCAUGCUCAAUCAGGGAGCGUUACCAUGAAGUUCCCUAAACUAAACACAUUACAAAAAAUGUAUAGAGCUAAAUAUUUUCAGUGCUAAAACAUAUUCUUGCUGUAAGGAGCUACUUGUUACGGUGGACAUGUCAUGUCUUUCCCCUUGAAUUUAUGAGUUCCUAUGUAAGUUAUUGAGCUCUUUAAAAUGCUAAGAUAUUCAUUGAAACCCGGCCCGACAUCCUGAAAACAACUUUUACCGGCGCCCCAGCACCCGAGUUUGAAAGUGUUAACCCUUUGUCCCGUGAGAGUGACCAGCAUGUAAUUUCUUGUUAUAACUUGAAAGCUUAUACAAUCAAACGUUACAUUACGCAAAACUCAAUAAUGCCUUUAACAAGGUAUAAAGGAUUAAUGGUGUUGCACAGAGCAUGCACAAAAAUAAUAAUAAUAAUGAUAAUAACACAAAGGGAAUGAGGGAGCAAGACCAUCAGCACUAAUAACAUUUUUUGCUUUAUUUUUCUCCCUUCCUCAGGUAUAUAAAAAUGUCGUCACCUAAUCUUAAUAACCUGAUUAUAGUCGGUUGCAUACUUGUCUAUGUGGCAGGUGUACUGUUCGGCUUAAAUAAAGAGCAAGCAAGUUAUUUGUGCCAGGUAAAUGCGUAUAAAUGUUGUCUUCCUCAUAAUAAUCAACCAGGUCUUGUGUUUGGCAAUGGUAAUUUGCAAUUCAUGAUUUACCUCAAUUUCAUAGACCAUGAUUUCUAAGCUUCGUAUCUUGGACCAGGUCUUUUUCGUGGAAUCAGUUAUCGAAGGAAUUUCUAUAGACGCUUUUCUUAAUGGAACAAUGAAACUCAGUGUAUCUAUUGACUGUACCAUCUUACAUCAGCUAAGUUGAAGAGAAAGUUUGAGAGCUAAGGAAAGAUUGUGGAAUAAAUUUUUCAAGGAAAUAGUAAAUAGCAAAUAAUCAAUUUUAUUCCUUUCAACCUUUUCAUUCUCAGUUGGAAUUAUGGAUUGCAAUGAUUGGAUUCAGCUUAGGCUUUGGAGCGAUGUUCAGCAAAACCUGGAGAGUUCACGUAAUAUUUCUUAACACUAAAACUACAAAAAGGGUGAGUGUAUACUGACCAAACUCUUCAAUGGUUUUCUCUUUAUCUAGAGUUUUGAUUGACUGUAACGUUAGUGAUUUCCGGUGUUUUCUUUGGAAGAUAAGUUUUGUAAUUGCUCCAGUUAUUCUGAUUAUCAAACACCAUUUCACCCAACUUCUUUUUACAGGUUACGCAUAUUUCUGAAAGAAAAAAAGGUAGACAGAGAGACGGACAAAAUAAAAGUUCAGACAGGUAGAAAGAUAGAUGUAUAGAUGGAGAUGAUAAAUUGAGAGACAGAUGCAACUGUAACAUAGCGACAUACUCAAUUCGAAAGAUCCCUAAACGCGAUUUUUCUGAAUAAUUUUCUUUCAGGUUAUCAUCCGGGACCGUCAGUUGUUUGGUAUGGUUGCAGUUCUUCUCUUAAUCGAUGUCAUAAUUCUCGUCACCUGGCAAAUUGUCGACCCAUUGACAAGUAAAGUAGAAAACUUGACGCUGCAGGUAAAGAGCAAAACUCUUAAUCAAGUUGUGAAAUUUUGAACCUAAGGGAAAAGAAAGCUUUCACUCGCCUCUUUUGAGGGAUCUCUUCCAACGUGCACCCAUGCUACCAAAACCUGAAAUGACUUGCAAGUCCUGAGGAAACCUAAAAAAAUAUUUUUAAACUUUGAUAGUUGCCCAUUCACCUUCAUCGAAACAUCCACAGUCGCUGCACUACAUUUCGCCGCGAAGCUUACGUGUCAAAGUUAAAGGAAACGAAGACAUGUGACCAGGAUAGCGAAAGCCUUUGCCAUUCCAAAAACCUAAGUUAAAGUUACUUCCCACCUUUGCGGAUGUCCUUCGGCAAAAAAUUCCUACGCGCGCUUGUUUCACUAAAAUCCCACGAAACUGUAAGUUCAUUAGAAGAAAGCUUACUAACUGCAGUUUACAAAAAAAAUAUAAUUUAACCGACUUUUCCUAUAUGGAAGUGUCAGGAGCUGGUAAGGCGUGAAACGACCGAAGGUUCUUCUAUUGAAUUUAUCGGGUAUUGGAUGCACCAUAUUCACAAGGCAUCAAUCAACAAAAGUGUGUCACGCUUUUUCAAUAUUCUGAUUGGUUGUCUAGAUAUCGGCAUCUAAAGUUUGAGUAGCUAAAAAUAUGCGAGGCGCGUUGCGUAAAGGGACGCCACGGGACAAAUAUUUCAAAUAUCAAAAUUUCCCGACACACUUUCGUUUGUCAUUAUUCCUGAAAUGUUUUGGCGAAGUUUGACGAAAAUCAGACAGAUCUAUAUACCCUAUAAAUUCGCUCAAAGUGGUUGUAUUCCUCUUCAAAUCAAAUGUGAGAUUUUAGCUCAUAAACGUUCGCAAACAACUCGCGCCACGCCAGCAGAUUAUUUCGCCCCAAACCAAUGAGACAACGGGACCUCCUGGCGUCAAAGAUGAUGGAUCAAGAUUUCCCGGAAAAAGUAACCCAUUGCAGCAGGAGCCAUUACCAAUACAUAAGUAAUGGCUCCUGAUUGCAGACACCUCUUUUUCUUUUUCGAUCGCUCAGUGGAGCGUUGAGGAGGACGACACAAUAAUGAGCAAAGUUGCCACAGGCGAAGGCAAAACCCACGGCAAAAAUGGAAAAACCGGAAAAUGAACUGUGUAUAUGUAUGACACAUUUUGGUUUGACGACGACUUCUUUGUUUGAAGUCUGGACGCCAGCGUGGAGCUCAGCCAGCACUAGUCGCUUUCACAAAGGAAUUUUUUCUUUUCUUGACAGAAUGGUACUCUUUCUUCUUUGGACCUGUUUUUUUUUUUCUUUCUUUACCAAGGACUUUUUUCCAGUUUUUUUAUUUUUCCAUGAGAGAGAUUUUUCCACAAUCAAAGAGCUUCCACGUGUGAAUUUUGUAAAGUGCGCGAUGUAGACGAUGUAAAAAAAUAUGGAAAUAACAUGAAAAUUGAGCCUCGACAAUUCUCCCGAGGGAUUCGCUCAGGUCCGAGAUUAUCACACCUUUCUGAUUUAUUAACUUAUUUGAAAAUACGUUUUUCUAAAUAACUCGGUUGUUUUGAAAGAUUUCAGAAACUUUUUUUAUGGAAACGUUAGGUUGGAUGUUUGAAUUUAGUUUAGUCAAAUAAAACAAAAAUCGCUUUUUUCGGCCUCUGAAGGUGGGAAGUAAGUUUAAGGCUAUAUAGGCGCUAAAUUAAUUGUGGGAAAUUGUACCAAAUGCUGUAGGAAAGUGCUCAAUACACGUGAGUGUAGAGCGAAAUACAGUUCAAUUUUGAACUGUAGGUGCUAAAUUAUGUAUUUUCUGCCAGACUUAUUAAAGUUUUGUAUUUUUGGAAAAUCUAAGACUGUAGUAGUGCACACUGGUCUUCUCUAAAUCUUCAUAUGCUAAAAAUACAUUUUGGCUUCAGUACCUUGGAUUAUUUUCAAAUAAGUUCCUUAUUUUUCCAUAGGUAACACUGGAAGAUGACACUGGCAUACAACCGUAUAUAACCAUGUGCACCUGCGAGAACAUAACGAUAUGGCUAGCUUGCAUAUACGUGUUUAAAGGUAAUAAUCAGAGACUCACAAGGUGUUGAUACACGACCGAGCGUAUUUUACAUUGCAUCGUUAAUCAAAGGUUACUUGGAGAGUGACCUGUGCUGGUUUGGAGAUGAUUAGUGUCAGACAGUGGUUCUUAAAAAAUCCCAUUUUAAACUCCAGAGGGUAUUAGCUUCUACAGUCAUACGCAGUAAACACAAUUUUUUUUUCCAGAGACCAGACGAUUUCCUAUCUCUGUCCGUUUCCUCAUGGAAAUAUUGUUUGAUAAAAUUAAGUUUAAAUGAACUUUUUCGAGUGUUAGAGAUAUGUGAGUAAACUGUUCAUAAAAUGAUUCAAUAAUCUAUUAAUCACUGGGAGAAGAGCACGGCCCCAAAAAUUAAGGACAUUGUAUCGAACCGGCUAGUACUAAUUGUUUACUAAUCAAUGUGACGUUUAUCUCAUUGCUUUCUGUCUUUAGGCCUGUUGUUAUUAUUUGGAGCCUACUUGGCCUGGGAAACUCGCAAAGUGCAUAUCCUCGCCUUAAAUGACAGCAAGCUGAUUGGCUUGUCCUUGUAUAACGUCAUCAUUCCUUGUAUCCUCGUAAUUCCUAUUCUUGGUGUUGUCGCUGACCAACCUACUAUCCACUUUUCCUUGUCCUCGUUCCUUACCAUCUUCUGUACUUCUUUUACUCUGAGUCUUGUUUUCGUUCCAAAGGUUAGUUUACUGAACAAUUUUUGAGAACUAAGCUUCAAGUCGUGCCAUGAACACGUUUGCUCCUUUAGCCGCUUCGCUCAACUGAUAAAAGCAUUCCAUUAGACACAUAUAUAGGAAACAUCUUUAUAGGUAAGUUUUCGUGUCGUGUAAGAGCGCGACACAAGCGAUGUUAAGGGUACAGCUAUAUGUAUAUCACAGUGAUGCUUAACAAAGCUGGGAAACAUUGUACAUUACCAUGAUAAUGAUGUUUUAGUUUUAGAAUUUGAGACUAAAUCACUCGGUUUGUUUAUUUUAGAUAAUGUUCUUAAGAACCGCGGACGGAAAUAGUGUUUCAACUGCCACUAAAUCUGCCACUGCCACUGCCACUGGCUCAACCAUAGAAGGUGGACAAAUGUCAUCGAAGGUAAAAACACAAUUAACCAAAGUAAAUAAAUAUGUUAUUCGCCCGCAAACUAUUCCCCUUAAUCCUUUUUUCUGUUCAGGUAAACAGAGUAGACACAAACAAUAGAAUCAAGCUUUAAGUCAUGUUUAAUGCUAUCGUGUACCAUUUUUAAGAUCCAAAAAAAUGUUGUUGGUGGAAGCGAAACCACGUACGUACGUGUAUUGAAUGACAUAAACGAAACGUACAGAGGAUAAUAUCUGUUUGUAUUUGUUCUCCUUUCAUUUAUUCUAACCAGUUCGGUCCAAAAGAGAAAUCUGUUUUUUUACUGACAGUGUCGUGCUUUUCAGGUGGAACCAUUACAUGCUUCUAAGACAAGUGAGGAGGACGCGAGAGAAACAGAAGAAUGAUUUAUCAGCUUGGUGACCAGAAUAUAAUAAACACAGAUUAA